UGGACGGCGCUCAAACGGAACUACUGCAUCGUGAUGCGGCAUUCUGCAAUGCUCCAAAGUGAGAACAUUUCGUUGAUGAAGAAGAGUUGACGACUCGAGAUCAUUGCACGCUGCCAACCAAUCAGCACGCGCCCCUUCUUCGCACGUCACGACUCCGCUGACCAGUGAGCGCGCGCUCUGGGCUACAUAAGCCGCCUUCUCCUCCCCGCCUGUGAGAAUCUUUGCCCUCACCAAGCCAUGGCUCGCACCAAGCAGACGGCUCGCAAGUCCACGGGCGGCAAGGCCCCCCGCAAGCAACUCGCCACCAAGGCGGCCCGAAAGAGCGCUCCGGCCACGGGCGGCGUCAAGAAGCCUCACCGCUACAGGCCCGGCACCGUCGCUCUGCGCGAGAUCCGCCGCUACCAGAAGUCCACCGAGCUGCUCAUCCGCAAACUGCCCUUCCAGCGCCUCGUCAGGGAGAUCGCGCAGGACUUCAAGACCGACCUGCGCUUCCAGAGCUCCGCUGUCAUGGCUCUGCAGGAGGCCAGCGAAGCGUACCUUGUCGCGCUCUUCGAGGACACCAACCUGUGCGCCAUCCACGCCAAGCGCGUCACCAUCAUGCCCAAGGACAUUCAGCUCGCCCGCCGCAUUCGUGGCGAGCGCGCUUGA